GACAAGGUUCUUCACUCUGAGGACAAGGUUUCUCACUCUGAGGCCAAGGGUCACUCUGAGGACAGGUUUCCUGAAUCUGAGGAGAAGGUUUCUCACACUGAGGACACGGUUCUUCACUCCGAGGGCACGGUUACUCACUCUGAAGACACGGUUCCUCACUCUGAGGACAAGGUUCCUCACUCUGAGGACAGGGUGUUUCACUCUGAGGACAAGGUUCCUCACUCUGAGGACAAGGUUCCUCACUCUGAGGACAAGUUUCCUCAAUCUGAGGGGAAG